UUUGAGAAUAAUGCAAAGCAGCAUUACCAGUUUAACAGCAUAAUUGUUAGGAUAAUUUUGAGCUAAAGCACAAACGACCGCUGUUCCAAAUGGACUGGGUUUACUUUGACUUUACUGGGUGUUUUCUUCUGAUUUCCUAAGAAUUAAUACCUAGUAUCUCACACUGCAUGCUACGUUUGUGUGAGAUAGGACUUGUCUAGGAUAGUGCUCCACAGAAGGCUUCACUGCUACUCUUUGUUCUGUCCUCUCCAGAAGACAGGAUGGAGUCCAGGCUCAUCACCCUGCUUCUCAUCCUUUGCCUUUUGGAAGGAAUGAGUAAUGAUCGGCUGACAACUGACCCUGAACACAACCCUAGAGAUGACAAUGCCGUAAGUUUGGGAGUUGAACAACAAGCAAACCAAAAUGAACAGGAAGUUAACGAGAAUAACCUGUGCAAGAAUAAGAACAAACAGAAAGACAACGACAAAAAACAUGCAAAUGAACAGAAAAAACAAGAUGACAAGAGCGAACAGGGAGAUGACCAGAACAAACAUGGAGAUAAUCAAAAUCCACCAGAAGAGGACCAAAAAAGACAGGAAGUUGACCAGAAGAACAAAAAGGGAGAUUGUCAGAAUAUAGAGAAAUAUAUAGAAACACCAAAAGGUCCUAAUAACGAGAACAAACAGAAAGACCAGAAAAAACAAGAUGACGAGAGUGAACAGGGAGAUGACAAGAAUAAACACAAAUGUAAAAUAACACCAAAAGGUCCUCAAAACUGUCAUUUGAAGAACACUGUGGAGAAUACAACAGAACAUAUGAAGAUAGUUGACAAGUUGUUAGACUCUGAAAACAUUAGCGCCAUCAUGGAAUCAAUGGAAAGCCUAGAGGAGAUUCUGGAGAACACAUAUCUAAACCAGUCUAUUACACACAUCAGUGUAGGGCAUCUGAAGGCUCUAAUGUUUCAACCUGAUGAGAACUUCACAGGACUUAACAUCUCUGAGGAGGUGACCUCAGACUGUCUUAACGACACCAGCAUGAAUCUGGAAGUGAAGCUACCAGGAGAGGUGCUGGUCCAUGGGGAGAACAACAACAUAGUGUUCUGCAUGAUCACAUCCAAUGUGUUCAAGCCCCUGGCGGUCCUGCAUGAUAGGGUUGUGGGUAUUACUGUGAGCAACAAGACAAUCUCAAGUCUUCAGGAGCCUGUCAACAUAACAUUUCCUCUACCCUGCCCUGCAGACCAAAGUAUGGGAACAAAUGUUUCCUUUUCCUGUCAAUUUUUAAAUUUCUCUGACAACAAUUACUACAGAGAAGGUUGUUCCACCCACUAUGAACAGGGCCAGGAUCGAGUGCUCUGUUCCUGUAACCAUCUCACCUACUUUGCUGUGCUCAUGAUCUCCCCUCCAUUAGCAACGAAUGAUGAGGUGGCCUUGAGCUACAUCUCUCUGAUUGGUUGCUGUGUGUCCCUACUCUUCCUGAUUUUCACUGUUGGGCUCUACAUCCAACAGAGGCUUAGAAGAGUCUCUGGUCCUGCAGAUGUGUCUCUGAAGCUGCACAUCAACCUGGCCGUGGCACUGAUCCUGCUCAACUUGCACUUCCUGCUCAUGGAACAGGUGUCAUCAAUGGUCUCGUCGGGGGCCUGCAUCUAUGUGGGGCUCCUCCUCCACUACUCCCUGUUGGCCACCUUCUCCUGGAUGGCCAUUGAGGGCUUCCACCUCUACCUGCUCCUGGUCCGAGUCUUCGACAUCUAUAUCAGAAGAUACAUGCUCAAACUUUGCCUGGUGGGAUGGGGUGUUCCUACAUUAGUGGUAGUGAUAUAUGGAUCCCUAGGAGCCUAUGGCAAAUACAGCCUUUCCUCAAGCAGCAAUAGCACCUCAGCCACAGAGAUCUGCUGGCUGAGCAGUAAUGCGGACCGGCUGGGGAUGGUAAUCUAUCUGAUGGUGAUCAUAUACCUGGGUCUGGUGUUGCUCUUCAACUGUGCCAUGCUGGGGGUUGUGCUGGUGCGUCUGUCCAGGCAGAGGGGACGUGGAGUAAGGCACCAGGAGGGCCGGGCCCAGCUCUGGAAGGACUGGGCCACAGUGCUGGGGCUCAGCUGUGUACUGGGCAUCCCCUGGGUUCUUGCCUUCUGCACCUAUGGGCCUCUCUCCCUCACAGGCAACUACUUCUUCACCGUGUUCAACAGCAUGCAGGGUAUAUUUUUGUUUCUGUGGAUUCUGGCACGGACCAGGAAGUCCCACCCACAGGAAGGUUCUUCAUUCAAAGACCCCUCCACUCAGAAAAUGGACACCACAACUUUUAACUGACACUGAACACAGUGCUUUUUUGAUGGGGCAUUACAUAAACAAUGCAAAUAGGUCUGCACAAAUGCUAAUUGGAUACAGUGUUUAUUGUAAGAAACAGCUGGACUGGUAAACACAGAGUAAACAUAUUUGAUUGUUGAUUUCAUAAUAUUUCAACAACAACAAAAAGCAUUAGCAUGUGUUUGCAUCCAGUAAAUAUAUAUUUCUUACAUCUCUUCCAUAAUCUUUAGUGUAUUGUUUUUUUAUGUAUUUUUUAUUAAUAAUCUCCAAAUACCAAACCAGAGAGCAUUCUUGGAAAGACAAAGUAGUAAAAUAAAAUAAAAAUGUAUUGAAAAAAAUAUAUACAAAUUAAAUACAGAAAAAGUUGAAGAAAUUGU